GAGAGGAGGAGGAGGAGGAGGAGGAGGAGGAGGAGGAGACGCUGCGGGUCUGCAGAGAGAAACACAGAUCGAACUCAUUCACACUUCAGGAAAACACACCUCAGCACUUUUAUUUUCUCGGCCUCCGGAUGAAAUUGGAUUUUCGACAACCUGACUGGAAUUCAAACGCUUUCCUAUCGAGCUUCUGAAAACCUGCUGAGGGGGGCACAGGAAGUAGGAAGUACAACAGGAAGUAACCAUGAAGAUCAAGGGGGUCAACUUUAGAUCACAACACCCCCUGCACCAAGUGCAAGUGACUAUUUGAACCCUUUAUGUGACUCGUUUUGACGUCUUUUGUGGCCGGUUCUACUUCCUGACUGACUGAUCUGACCGACACAGACUCGCAGGCUGCUAAUCUGUAGCUCCGACGUGAAUGACAGGACAGGACUGGAGGUGAAACUGGGUAUUAAAAGUAGAUAAACAGGUGAUACCGGCCUGAUUUAGCUCCUUCUUCACUUUACUACCGUCCCGUUAAAGAGAGAGGCUUCUAUUAAAUGCUCUACCUGCUAACGAAGCAGCUAAUCUGCAGCCAGCAGCUAAUAAAGAGGAUGGAUGAGCUGGAAAUAAGCAAUAAAUAGUCUGAUAUAGUGAGUUUCCCGGCUUGUUGCCUUAAAGGGAAUCUGAAUCCAUUUAACCAAACAAGGUUCCUGUGAAAUGAGUUUAUCUGCUAGCGAGGGAGCUAAUCUGUAGCCAGAAGCUACGGCAGCUUCCCACAGGGAUUAAAUCUUUCAGCUUGUUAGCCCACUGACUUACUGGGCGUCCUGCAGUGAGAGCUGUUGACUCCAAAUCAGAUGUUUUUGUGUCUGUUUUCUUGUCUUUUAACGGCUCUGAGAGAGUCGGCGAGCUUCAUGCCAACUAAAGCAUUUAGAGUCGUGGGUCAAUAGUCCUUCCUGUCUGCCUUUAGCCACCGUCAGCUGUGUCUGAAGCCUCCCGGAGCCAUUAUUGAUCUGGCAGAUACAUGAACACACAUAUUGGAGAUGCAUCAUCUAAAUAUGAACAUUUGCAUCUGCAGGUAUUGAUCCAUUGCAGUCAGUGAGCAUGUGAAGGCCAGCUGUGGUCCAUGUCCAGCUAACAACACAGUAUCGGUGGUUAAUAUUUAUAAUCUGACUCCUUUAAUGAGUGACUUUAUGAUUUAUUUACUCAUUAUUUUUGUCCAUCAGAUGUCGGAAAAUAAUGACAAAUGUCCACUAUGGUCUCCCAGACCCCAUGGUGACAGUUGAAAAUCCAAAAUACAUUUAAUUUACUAUCAUUAAUGAUGAAUAAAGCAGCAAUUCAUCCACAUUGAGAAGCUGGAACUACCAAAUGUUUGACAAUGUUUGCUUCAAAAGUGAAACUAGUAAUCGAUUAUCAAAAUUGUUGCAGAUUUAUUUUGUUUUUUUAUUUGACGGAUUGAUUAAAUAACUAAUUAUUUCAGCUCUAACUCUUUAUUGUUUCCCAUUAGAACACAAAACAAAGACACAACAAACUAUAACUGUUAAAUAAUUAUUAAACAACCCAAAGAUAAUAGAUGGGGUAUUAACGAUUUAUGCACCAAAAGGUGGGCUCAUUGGGCAGAAAAAACCUGGUUAUAAAUAAUAUGAAGGUUAAAACAGUUUAAAAUCUGUGAGCAUUAAACUUCCAGCCAUUUUCACAAACUUUAUGAAAGAUAAAGCAUAAAAAACAUUUUCACAAUGUUGUCUACACUUUGUGAAAUACCUAAAUAAAAGUCUUUGGAUGGCAAAAUGUUCAAUCUGAGAGAGAUUCAAAUCAGCUGCAUUUAUCGGCCAAGUAUGUGAACACAAACAAGGAAUUUAGCUCCGAUAUUUUGCAUCUCUCAUAAUAUACUUACACAAGGCUGAACAAAUAAAAGUAGUAUAAACAUAUAUUUUUAAAGAAGCACCAAUGACCAAAGGUGAAACGUCUAUAUACAAAUCAGGUGUUGUUUAACUGUUUUAACCUAUGGCCCCGUAAUAUGAAGAAGUGUCUAUGAGCCGCCCCUCGUCACAUGCUGUCACUGACUUGUAUUUGAAUUAUUUUUAGAGGUGAAAGUAUCCUGUUUUCACAUUUCAAAAAAUCGGGGGAAAAAAGUAUUUUGUGUUCUUUCAUAUCUUGUAAAUAAUCUCCCAACCGGUCGGGUUUAUCUGGUGACCCCUUGGAGAGCUCACGACCCCCAGACUUGGAAACCACUGAGUUAUAUAACUCGCUGGGAGACACAAACAAUAAUUUAUUCAUAGUUCACCUUUCAUACAAAAAGUGUGCUUCAAAAACUACUAAAAUAAAAAAAGACCAAGCUGUUGCAGCUGCAGACUGAACGCUGCCGUCUCUCAUUAUCUCAACGUGGAGACUUAAUUAUGUCAUUAGAUUAUUACUGAAACUGUAAUUACAGUUGAUCUGAUCAAGCAGGGAGGACGUCUUCUACUUUAGUCUUUGUUGAAAGUAUUACAGGGAUUUUUAAAAUGUCUUGAAUUGUUUUGAAGACUUUGAAACAUUAUUUCUCUAUAAUAUAAAAUAUUUAUGAGUGACUAAAAAAAACAAUCAGAGAUAAGAAAGCAAUAACAGUAAAAAAAAAAAAAAAUCUUAACUAAGACUUCAAAAAGCAACUAAUCUUUAUCAGGACUGCGUUGGUGUAGUUUAAUCAGAUUUGAUUGAUUAAAUUCAUUAUUGAUUAAUCAGCCAAUUAUCUAAAAUGUCAGAAAAUAGGGAGAAAAGCCUGCAGCAGCCUGAGCACACGUCCUCAACUUACUUGUUAUUUUCCCCUCCAACAGUCUAAACCCACCAAAUAAUAAUAAUAAUAAUAAUAAUAAAAUUAAAAAUGUAUUUAUAUAGCACCUUUUAAAGCCAGGUUACAACGUGCUAUACAAUAAAAGCAUGAUAAAAGUAAUUAACAUCCAGAACUUAAGAUGUAAACAAGAUAAAGUCAUAUAAAUAGUUACAACAAUGCAACAUCAGUUAAGAAAAAACCAUAAUAUAAAAGUGAGUCUUAAGAAAAGAUUUAAAGGAAGAUACUGAGUUUGCAGCCACAGCCGAGGGGUCACAGGUAAGGGCAGCAAGGAUCGGUGUGAUGUUCACAUUGCAAAGAUAUGAAAGGUUAGAAGAGCAGAAGCAGCUAAACUGUUUCAGCUCUAAAAAGCAACAUUUGCUCUUACUUUGGCGGGAAAUAGUGUGUUUCCUGUAGGACCCAAAACUCAUGGAAGAAGCUGAUUGAGGAAAAGUAUUCCAGUAGUUCUGUAAAAGGUUUUAUUAACCCACACUUUAUUUUACCGUAUACUUUACAAUCCUUAAUUUAUGACAACUUUGCCAUGUGUUUAGGACUUUUUAUACUUUUAAUUUUAGAGUCACUGACUGAAAUAUUGUAUUUCUGACUGUUUAUAACUCCUAAAACCUGACUGACUGUGUGACUUUGGUAGUGUUUUCAUCUGAUGACACUGCGUACACCAACAGACUGAGGUGACUGUCUGACUUCCUGAUCGUCUCUGCAGCCUGAAGCUGCUGAAGACAACAAGCCUGCUGAAGACAACAAGCCUGCUGGAUCAACGCCGCUGUCUUUAUUCCCUCAAGGACACGGAGACAAAACACUGAGCACCUCCCUCCAGGGAAACAUGGAAAUGAAUGGGUUUUAAGAGGGAGAGCCCACGGCACCCAUCGCUGCUUUAACACUCUGUAUGCACACACCUGAAAUGUUCUGGAAAUACCUGACAAGAGCAUUUUUUAAAAACAGUCUUUGUCCAUCAUAUGGGAGGAGAACGUUCCCUUAAGUGCAGUAUCCUUCACUCCUAGAAACUGGCGUUAUUAUUUAUUUUGAAGGUUUCUUUUUUGAAAAUGAUGCAUGAAAAACCUCCACAAACACAAAAAAAAAGUAAAAUGUGGAGCUGUGAGGUAAAUACACGUCAAGUUUUAAAGCUUCUCUCUCAUUGGCCAGACGUUCUCCUCCUGACAGGAAGUCGUUAAGGAAAGCAGAUGUUGAUAGCUGAUAGCUGACAGGUGUGACGGGACAGCAGACGACCUGACAGGCUGAAACCGGCUCAUUUGACAGGAAGUUAAAGCUAUAAAGACACUAAAACCUGAUGAAAAGACAGCAAGGUAGUGAUGUCAUCAAACAGAGACCCUGCGGACUUCUGGGAGACAGAAGGCGGCUGAAUCUGAGGACCGCCGGGAUGUUCGGCUUGGCGGGCGUGUGUGACCUUUGUCAUCUACUUUGUCUGCGCUCCACUGGGACCUGGUCGCCUCUCCACAGUGUGGAGGGUGACGCUCAGUGUCCGGAGGCGCUCACUUUUGCCGAUACGUCCUUCGGCCAUCCACCUCCCUUCCAUCGCUUUAGCAACAGCUCCCUCUCCAACCCCUGUGACCCCUACAGCUCCACCUCCUCCAGCGGGCCCCUGGGAGCCCCCCACACACACACACAGGGUAGCUCUCCCAUCUCUCCCCCCAGCCCGGCCAGCCUCGCCUGGGCUCAGCGUAGCCGUCACCAGCCGGCCAGCCUGGCGCUCCGCAAGCAAGAGGAGGAGGAGAGCAAACGCUGCAAGGCUCUAUCUGACAGCUAUGAGCUCUCUACAGACCUCCAGGAUAAGAAGGUGGAGAUGCUGGAGAGGAAGUACGGGGGCCAGUUUGUGUCCCGGCGAGCGGCGAGGACAAUCCAGACGGCGUUCAGGCAGUACCGCAUGAACAAGAACUUCGAGAGGCUUCGCAGCUCCGCCUCGGAGAGCAGGAUGACCCGCCGCAUCAUCCUGUCCAACAUGAGGAUGCAGUACUCAUUUGAUGAGCGUCAGCCGCAGGGUCAGGGGUCAGCAGGUCAGCGGGGGUCAGAUGAUGCAGCAGACAUGGACGACUCCUUCUCCAAGCAGGUGAAGUCUUUGGCCGACUCCAUGGACGACUCCCUCACCUGCCAGUCUGGCCGCGAAGACUCGCAGGACGUCGGAGGAGAAGGAGAGGAGGACGAUGAGGAAGACGAGGAGGAGGUAGAGGAAGAAGAGGAGGAGGAGGAGGAGGAAGGGGAGGAGGACGAGGAGGAAGACGAGGAUGAGGAUUACAGAGAGUGUUCGUGGCGCAACGCCAACGCAUCCUCCCGGCGCUUGGCGGGCCGGCCGGGAGUAGGAGGCGGGAGAGGAGGCGUGGGAGGAGGCGCCGCCAUGCACGAGGACAGCACCGCCACAUCCUUCAGCGACGUCACCCUCUACAUGGACGAGGGCUGCCUCCCCUCGUCGCCUCUCUCCCGCCCGCCAUCCUCGCCGCUCUCACGCCCCACCUCCAGCUCCGACACAGAGUACUGGGGAGGAGGCGGGGGUGGAGGUGCGGGGGUGAGGGAGGACAGCAGGGAGACAGAGGGAGGGAGCAACGCCAGCCGGAGGAGCAGCACCCCCUGCACAGAGUGUCGAGGGGAGUACAGAGGGAGGGCAGGAGGAGGAGGAGCAGGAGGAGGAGGAGGAGGAGGCGGACACCUCCCUGUCCUCACUAUCGAACCACCCAGUGACAGCUCAGUGGACAUGAGUGACAGGUCAGAGCGAGGCUCCAUCGGACGCCUGGUGUACGAACAGGAGCCGUCAGGAGUCGAGCGAGGAGGAGGAGGAGAGAGGGAGAGCCGGGGAGAAGAAGAGGAAGAAGAAGAGAGUGGAGAGGAUGAGCAACGAGGAGGAGGAGGUGGAGGAAGCAGCGAAGCCGACUCACCACAGGGAACGAUCAAACACAAACCAAACGGACGCUCGGUCGCCACGGCACAGGGACAGACCCGCAGCCCCGCCAACGUCCCCUUACCGAUGCCUUCAGCCCGGGCGCUGCCGUCACACCCGCUCCCUCACCCACUCCAACACUCGCACCCCCACCCUCACCCCCACCCGUCGCCCAUCCCCCACCUACCCACCAUCCUCCACCAUCACCCGCAGUACAGCCAGCCGCACGUCAUGCACAUGCAUCACAUGCACGGCGGCAGCCCUUACAUCCAACACGCUCACCACUUCGCCCAACACCACUACCACCACCUGCACCACCAACACCACCACCUCCCCCACGGUUACCCAGAACCCCCCUCGUCCCCUUUGCCCUCCCCUGUACCACCACUCUCGCCCCUGCCACCGCCGCUCACGCCCUCGCCGCUGUCCUCCUCCUCCUCCUCCGCGCUCCAAACCAUGGAGGCGCAGCAGCAGCAGCACCUCGCCCACCACCCCCACCUCCACCACCACCAUCUGCUCUGCUCAGACGGAGACAACGAGAGCGUCAACUCCACCACCACCAACUCCAACGACGACACAACGGUCAACAACUGCAGCUCCGGCUCCUCGUCACGUGACAGCCUGCGGGAGCCAAUCGGAGGAGCCGCGCUGGGGAAACAGACCUAUCAGAGAGAGAGCCGCCACAGCUGGGAUUCUCCCGCCUUCAACAACGACGUGGUGCAGCGGCGGCAAUACCGCAUCGGACUCAACCUGUUCAACAAGAAACCUGAGAAGGGGACCCAGUACCUGAUCGAGAGGGGCUUUGUGUCGGACACCCCGGUGGGCAUCGCCAGGUUCAUUCUGGAGAGGAAAGGACUGAGCAGGCAGAUGAUUGGAGAGUUCCUGGGCAGCCGGAUGCAGUUCAACAAGGACGUCCUCGACUGUGUUCUGGAUGAGAUGGAUUUCUCAGGGAUGGAUCUGGACGAUGCUCUGAGGAAGUUCCAGGCUCAGAUUAAAGUUCAGGGUGAAGCUCAGCGGGUGGAGCGACUGGUGGAGGCCUUCAGUCAGCGGUACUGUGUUUGUAACCCGGUGCUGAUCCGGCAGUUCCAGAAUCCAGACACCAUCUUCAUCUUGGCCUUCGCCAUUAUCCUCCUCAACACGGACAUGUACAGUCCCAACGUCAAGCCAGAGAGGAAGAUGAAGCUGGAGGACUUUGUCAAGAACCUGCGGGGCGUUGAUAACGGUCAGGACAUCCCCAGGGACCUGCUGGUAGCCAUCUAUGGAAGGAUCCAGAAAUGGGAGCUGAGGACCAACGAUGACCACGUGUCUCAGGUCCAGGCGGUGGAGAGGAUGGUGGUCGGCAAGAAACCUGUGCUGUCUCUGCCUCAUCGCAGGUUGGUGUGUUGCUGUCAGCUGUUCGAGGUUCCCGAUCCAAACAGAGGUCAGAGGAGCGGCGUCCACCAGAGAGAAGUCUUCCUGUUCAACGACCUGCUUAUGGUGACAAAGAUCUUCCAGAAGAAGAAGACGUCAGUGACGUACAAUUUCAGACAAUCAUUUCCUCUGGUGGACAUGCAGGUCCACACCUUCCAAAACACCUACUACCCUCACGGUAUCAGACUGACGUCGGCGAACCCCGGAGGAGAGAGAAAAGUGCUGAUCGUCUUCACGGCGCCGAGCCAGCAGGACCGAGCUCGCUUCACCUCCGACCUCCGAGAGAGCAUCGCAGAGGUCCAGGACAUGGAGAAGUACCGCGUGGAGUCCGAGCUCGAGAAGCAGAAAGGUGUGAUACGUCCAGGUGUGUUGACGGGGGGAGGACCAGGAGGCGGGGGGACGCCGGGGAGCGGGGCCAACGUCGGCGCGGUGAAAGGCGAGGUGGUGAACGGCACUCUGGGUAGGCCGUGCCUCGAUGACACGUACGCCUCGGUGGACGGACUCAAACGCACGGCGCUGAGCUCCUCACUGAGAGACCUCUCAGAAACAGGGAAGCGAGGUCGUAGGAACAGUGUUGGGUCAUUGGACAGUACCAUUGAAGGUUCCAUUAUUAGCAGCCCUCGGCCUCACCAGCAGCGCCCCCUGCAUGCUGGAGGUCUAUCCUACAGCCCCAUGAUGGUCCCUUCGUCUCCAGCAGCCUACCGGCCGCACCGCCCUACUCAGAGCCCCGGUACAGGGGUGGGGGGUGGGCCGGGGCUCUGUCACAACCAGGGGGGGGGUCACCACCUCCCCCCUCGUGAGCGGGGGAGGGGUUGGGGGAGGAGGAGGGAUGGCGGGUGGGCCAGGCCCGACUGGCGGCGGCCUGCUGGGGAAUUUCUUCGGCAGCCGCAGAGGCAAGGUUCCUGGUCCCCUGACGAUGACGUCACCAACUCCUCAGGGUCCUCCGAGUCCCCUGAUGAUAUCAUCACCCCCCCACUACCCCGCCCCCGCACCACCCAUCGCCCACCCAUCCUCCCCUUCCCCAUGCCCCUCCCCAUCGCCCAACCUCGGCCAAUUGGACUCGGGAGGAGUUGGAGGGGUCGGAGGUACGGGAGGGGGGCCGUCCAAGCUCCAGGCGUUGCACGCUCAGUAUUGCCACGGCAACAGUGGAGGAGGAGGAGUCAGUGUUACUGGGCACCAGCAGCAGCAGCAGACGCCGCCCCCACCCUACCAUCACCAUCACCGCUACCACAUGCAGAGCGCCCCGCAGCACCACGCCCUUUCGCACAGGUUCUCUGCACCCCUCCGGCGGCAGGGCCCGUCCAGCUGCGUUCCCUCUCAUACCCAACAGCAUCAGAGGAUGCAACACGGCGUCGGCCAACACCCACGCUACAAUUUGGGCUUCAUCACGCCCCCGCCGCUCUCCCCACACUCCCCCGUAACCCCUACUACCCCGCACGGACUCUACCACUCGCACCCCGCGGCAGUGAGGCCGGGUGGAGGGGGCAAGCUCCCGCUGACCAUCUCGCACUCGCAGCCCCACCCCCACGCUCACACACACUCUCACAACCACGCCGUGCACACACACUCCCCGCUCAGCCCCUCCCCGUCCGCUUCCCCCUCCACCCACUUCAUCUUCUCCCCACCGCCUCCACAGACGCCCUCGGCGCGCCUCGUCUCCCAGACGCCUACGCAGCCCUACGCGCCCCAAUAUCCGCCAAUAUCCUCCAUCCCACCUCCCCCUCCGCACUCCCCGUUACCUCCCCCAAACACCCCGCUCUCCCUGCACCCGGGGGCGGGGGGAAGCCAAGGGGGGGGGCCCAAGUCGAAACCCGUAAGCCGGAUCAGCACGGUCGUGUGAGGAGGAAGAAGCCGAGGACGGUGGUCCGCCACCCCGCAGUGAGCCACCGGGGGGCGGUAGUGAGAGGGAGCCGGAGGGGGAGGAGGAGAGGAGGAGGGCAAAUGCAGGCGUACCAACAUGGCCACCUAGUGAGGAAGAGAGCACUGAGAGCGGGGAAGAGGAAAUUACUCAGCUUGUGUUAUUUUCACAUCCACUUCCCGUGCAGGUAGAGAGACUCUCACACAUACUGAAAGACGUUUGUUGGGCAACUUGUACCCUGUAGGGGCUCCUGGAAAACCUGCCCAUGGAGCAACCAACACCAAGAACGUAAAUCACGGCGUUUUCAGUCACACGAGGCUGAAAGAAAAAGUCCCACACACCGGUAGUCCUACCGUCCUGGUGAAAGUCUCCUCCAUCUUCCCUUUCGUAGUGCCCUUCAGAGGAGGCCCGGGACUCCAGAGGACGUGUUCGUGUCAUAUUGUGAGUACGAAGUUGUGAGUUGCUGUUGUGGACAAAUGGUUCAGGGACCAGACGUGAAGGGAGCAGUGCCUGUGAAUUUAACACAAGGGUUAGCGCUUGACGCUGACACUAUGUACGGUAUUGGUUGAUGGGACAGUUCAGGUUUUUAGGAAGCCUGAGAACGCGACGAGUCCUUUUACAGUAUUCCAAAAAUCACACUAGUCUUGCACCACUUUGUUUUUUCGCACAAAAAGCACUUGUACCAUUGUUUUGGUUGUUGACAUAUUACAAGCCAUGAGGUGUUACUGAGAGGCAGAAGUGGUUAGGCAUUAAUAUGGUGCAGUUUCUGUGUCUUAGACAGGCAUGCAUGACCUGUGCAAUAGCUAAUGAGUGUCAGUGUGUCUAUGGUUAAAAUCCUAUAUGCAGGGGGAGGGAUUUGUCGUAAUUUAGAGCCCCAAUCCAGCAUUUAUUUGACCAUAAAAAGUGCAUUAGUGAAGGUUACUGAAGACUUUGCUUUCUACAAUAAACUUUUUUUAAAAACUUUAAAUAAGCCAUCAUAACAAAAACUACAGGUGUCUUUUUACCUUUGUGUUUUGCAAAAAUAACUAAAAGCCUUUAGUGUUUGUGGAUUACAGGGUUUCAGCAGGGGGCACUACAUCGUUGUUUUGGAUUGGGACUUUUAAAUCGGGAUGGUUGACGUUGCAAUUUUCCCAAUAAUUUAUUCUUUUAAAAGGGGGGAUUUAUUUGAUAAUUUGUACUAAACCAGUGAAUUCUCCCCUGCAAGUGUCCCGGUAUAUUUGAAAGUAUUAGCCUGAAUUUGUCAGAAAUUAUAAUAUAUAUCAACUGUAUUUCAUGCUCCAUAUCGUAUGUGACCCUUUAUGUUGCCGAGGAAGGAGAUUACGCUGAAAGGUGCCAAACAGGGUGCAGUCUGGGAAACAGAGUCCUUUUAUUUCACUGGAUUGUCUGCCUUCAAUGAAGCUACAGUAACUAAAUACAGUCAAGUUAUUUCAGGUUACAUUAAACUAGAUCUUCUUAUAAUGUAACUCUCUGUACAUUUCUCAACAGGUAGAUUGCUGGAAAUGUUAAAUGAACUGGGUGGUAAAUUAAAAUUACAAAGGUUACAUUCAGUUUAGAAAAUCUAAAUUGUGAAUCAUCCAAAGAGAAAUUCUUUGACAGAUUGUCAUCAUCUGAAGCCUGAAGCAUUUGUAAAGUGUAUGACAUCCUCUAUCCUCAGACCCUCGAUUCAGAUAACAAAAAAGUCCACAAAAAAAUUAAAGGGAGAAACCUCAGAAAGAGCAAUAGAGGGAUCCCUUUUCCAGAAAUGCAAUAUAUGCAAUAGAGACAUAGAUAUUAUUAUUGGUGUCAGCUAGUGCACAUGAACAUAAUUUACAGCUACCAAAAAUAACCAAAAUGUAAAGAAAACAAAACUCUGAAAACGUUUUCUAUUGGGGCCACGGCUCUGAAAUAUCAGUAAGUUAGAAUCUAUGGCCCCGACCACGGCUCAGAAAUAUCAGUGAGUUAGAAUCUAUGGCCCCGACCAUGGCUCUGAAAUAUCAGUAA